CGCCUAACUUUCGCCUUUCUCCUCCUUCGUCGCCUCCCCCAUUCCUCCCCCGCUAGCCUUUUCCCGAUCUGCAUCAUCAGAUGGGCCAUCUUUUCCUGCUCCUGCUUGCUCUCCUCCUCACAUCCACGCGUGCCUCCACCGUCCAUGACAAAGCUGCCUUCACUGAGGAGAAGAGCAUUGCAGGCAUCAGAGGUGUGAUUGGAUCGAGGCCGCCGAGCUGCGAGGGGAGGUGCAGACCGUGCGGGCACUGCGAGGCGGUGCAGGUGCCCAUCUCUCCACAAGAGCUGCAGAAGAAUAAGAAGCUGGGCCAUGGCAGCAGAGCUGCUGCUUAUCACGGUGUUGCCGCUGGUGGAAGAGCAAUGCCGGCUUCCUACGACGACCACUCCAACUACAAGCCACUGAGCUGGAGAUGCAAGUGUGGGCGGCACAUCUUGGACCCUUGAUUAGAACGCACCAUCAGCGGGGAGUUGUGGAUAUAAUAGUAGUAUAGCAUCUAUUGGAGUUUGUUGGUGAUUUGUUUUUCACUCUCAUAUGAGGUGACAUCCUUUUGCGGUUGAAUCUGGUGAUCAGUGAUCACUGGAGAACUUAUGUGCCCUCUAGUUUGUAAUGACUAGUAGGUAGGUUCUACUUCCUGUUCUUGAUCCAAGAUUUGGAGGAUUGAUGUAUGUUUAGUUGGUUUAAUUCAAGUAUAGUCCAAAUGUGUUGCCAACUCGCCAUGCUGGCAAUGA